CCCCGGUCACCAUGGAGACCCCGCGGGUCUACCCCCCUCCUGUCGCCAUGCCGCCCCGGCAGAAGCAGCUGCUGUUCUCCGUGUCCGGCGUGCUCGGGUUCUCCUGCGCGCUCACGGCCGCCGUGGCCGCCGGCCUGCCGCUGUGGCUGCGCGGGACCGUGCUGUGCCGCACCGGGGCCGAGCUGGUCAACGCCACCGGACCGGAACUGGAGCAGUUCCUGGGCGAGCUGAGCUACGGGCUGUUCCACGGACAGAUGGUGAAGCAGUGCGGCCUGGGGGGGCGGCCGUCCCGGUUCUCCUUCUUCCCAGACCUGUUGGGGGCGGUUCCCGCCGGUCUCCACGUGAGCGUGAUCUUCUUCUGCGGCGUGGUGGUCCUCUUCUCCUCGGUGGCCUCCGGGUUCUUCUUCUUCAACGCCUUCGGCCGACCCUACGAGAUGCUGCAGGGCCCGACGGGUCUCUACCUGUGGACCGGCAUCUGCUGUGUGAGCAGCUGUUUGGUGUUGGUGCUCUUCUCCUGUGAGGUGAAGCUGCACCGUCUCUCUGAGCGGAUCUCCAACUUCCGGGAGGAGAACUUUGAGUUCCAGACCUUCAGGGAGGACUACGGCCGCUGCUUCUGGCUCUUCUUCCUGGUCCUCGUCCUCCACGGACUCAACGCGCUGCUGACCCGCCUGGUGGCCGUGCAGCUCCCCCUCCAGGAGAAUAAAGAGGUGACCCUCGGCGGGGGGGCCUCCGACCUCAUGUACUGAUGACCACGGCUGCAGAGCCCGGUUCUGGUCCUGGUUGUGGAUUUGAUCCAUGACCGUGGAACCUCCGGACCCUGAGGGGUGGGGGUGUUGGAUUCAGGCCCCCCACCCCCGAACAUGCAGCGUCCCUGCUAACCUCUGCGUGAUCGUUGAUGAGGAAGAACGUCGUCAAGAGACUCCAGGGGAAGCGAGUCCAUUUCUUAAGAGUUGGAUCAGACGUACAGAGAUCUCUGGGUCUGAGCGUGCGAACACCAAGAGUAUUAGAACAAGGUUGGUUAUAAAGGCGGGCUUUAUUUGGCCUGGAGGUCAGCGUUCUGUCAGGAAAGGGGAACGCCCCCAUGACCUCAGCACCUCGUAUGGUCAUCUUCACCAAUCUGUAACAACCCCUUCAUCAAUGUGUUAAUGAUAAAAUAUAAAUGUGUAGUAUAGCAUAAAAGUAUAAAAAUCCUUCAUUUAAUAUGAAACCCAUCAGCGGUGAGCGAAGUUACAUCAAGAUACAUGAAGAAAUCUGGUUUAUUUUCAAAAUAAAAUUCAUUUUUCACAAUAAAAGCAGUGAUUGACAAAUGCGAUCAUGUUUUUGUGUCUAAACAGACUGUAGCGAUGAAAACGAACACACACUUCUCUCUGUGUGUCUCAACAACAGACGAAGACCUGAAGGCCUAAUAACUUCUUCGUCUUAGCGGAAACACGAACUCAUGUUGUUAGGCUACUAACUCACUCAUGAUGGCAAAGACACAAAAGCUCUGGCAGAAGUGUCUGAUGUGAAUCGCAGGAGAGAGCGGAUGCUGCACGCACUCCGUACCGCUCCACGGCGUUUCCACGUCGAGUGUGAAGCUAGCACUAGCAUUUACAGAGAGGGGGGGUUCACUGUUUAUGUUUGUGGACAUCAAUGUGUAAUUGUUCUAUAUGAAUAAAAGUGAACUGGACUGAA